AUGUUUCGUGCUGGAUUUUUCUAUUUGAAAUUGGUGAAUCCUGCAGCUGGUCCAACACUGUCAGGGUCGCUCAAAAAAUCCAUAUUUCCAGGUUUUAUCAAUAAAAGAACUGCGUCAUUUUCUGGGAAUACAACAACUGGAACAAGAACUUUCACUACGUUCCCAGCACACAACGAUGGGUUGACACGUAAAAUCCUAAGAACCCAAGUAGUUUCCAAAUAUUUAGGACCACUUACACAGAAAAGGUUGGCCACACAUUCUCAAUUAGGCAGAAAUGGUUAUUCAUAUAGAGAACCAAGAUACAAUAAUGUUCAAAAUAACAUUAUCAAGCCAUUUAUUUUUGUUACUAUAUUUACGGUUGCAACAUACUUUGCAAUACCAUUUCUCUUUGAACAUACACCGAUGUCUUACUUCAAGACACAUCCUACACACCUAGUAUGGACAAUUCUUGGUUUAAAUGCAAUAGUUUUCGGUUUAUGGCAAAUAAGAUUUUCAAAUGCAUACCUAUACAAGACCCUUGAAAACUAUUUUGUCAUGGACAGAUCAGCUUUAACGCGUACAUCCAACUGGUCUCUGAUUUUGUCGUCUUUCUCUCAUCAAGAGCCAUUUCAUUUGCUAGUCAAUAUGGGUUGUUUGUAUUCCUUCUCCGGUACUAUGAUCUCAAUGCUUGGUAUCACAGGAUUUUCGAGUCUGUAUCUAAUUUCUGGUGCAUGGGCAUCAUUCUUUUCAUUAGCUUAUUCACAAAUCUUCCGCUAUUUUGGUAGGUCACUGGGUGCAUCUGGUUCAAUUGCUGGUGUUUUCACCACAUUUGCAACAAUGUUCCCAAAUGCAGGUAUCUCGUUCUUUUUCAUACCCGUCCCUGGUGGUGCAGCUGUUGCAGCAGGCUUAUUCGCAUUAUACAAUGUUGCCGGGUGUUUACUAAAGUGGGGCAGUUUUGAUUAUGCUGCACACCUUGGUGGUAUGUGGGUCGGUUUCCUUUGGGGAAUAUUCUUGAAGUGGAAGUUAGAAAAACAGGAAGAAGAAAGACGGAAGAAGUUGAGAAGUUAUGGUUGGAGGUAA